CAUCUUCUCUUCACAAACAAUAUCACGAUAUUCUUUGGCCGAUGGUAUCGACAAGAUGGUUCUCGGCAUGGGCUGGCAUAAGCCUGACAACUUUGCCGGUUCGUCGAGUUGGGCUAUCACGAUUGGCCUGUUUGUUGCGUCGGGGGGGUUGUUGUUUGGCUAUGAUCUGGGCGUCAUCAACGGCAUCCUCGCCAUGUCCGUCUUCAAAGACCAUUUCAGCACCAACCAAUCCUGCAAAGACGACGAAGGCCACAUUGAUCUCUGUCCCUCAGAUUCAUCUCUCAUCGUCGCCAUUCUCAGCGGUGGAGCCGUCAUCGGCGCUCUUGUCGCAGCUCCAUCUGGUGACAGCAUCGGGCGACGGAAGACGUUGCUCGCGGCUGUCACUACAUUUUGUGUCGGAGCCAUCUUUCAAAUAUGCGCUCGAGCAACACCAAUGUUAUUAGUCGGGAGGUUACUUGCUGGCGUUGCAGUCGGAGCUAUUUCCGUUCUCGUCCCUCUUUAUCAGUCCGAGACUGCGCCGAAAUGGAUACGCGGGACCAUCAUAUGCAUGUAUCAGUUCUCCAUCACGGUGGGGAUAUUAACCGCGACUACUAUCAACGUUGGCACAUCCAAUAUCGACAGCGACGCCGCAUAUCGGAUCCCUCUCGGCCUCCAACUUGUCCCCGGCCUCAUCCUCGCCUCUGGUAUUCUUUAUCUCCCGGAGACUCCCCGGUUUCUCGUCAAGAAAGGACGGUUAGUAGAGGCGGGAAUGUCCUUGAGCCGUUUUCGCAGAUUGGAUAUGACGCAUCCUGCUCUGGUGGACGAGCUUCAAGAGAUUAUCGCAAAUCAUCAAUAUGAACUAACCCUCGGCCACGAUACAUACAAAGCUCUCUUCGCGAGAAACUCCUCCCUUGGCCGUCGAACCAUGACUGGCUGUGGGCUACAGAUGCUGCAGCAACUGACCGGCAUCAACUUCGUUAUGUACUACGGAACCACUUUCUUCAGCAACGCCGGGGUCAACAAGCCCUUCCUCACCAACCUAGCCAUGAUCAUCAUCAACUGCGUUUGCACAGUACCCGGUCUCAUCGUCAUCGAAUCAUGGGGAAGACGGAAGCUCCUAAUGGCUGGCGCUCUCGGCAUGGGUGUUUCUCAGAUGCUGAUAGCAGCAGUAUACUCAGCUACGGAAGAUAAGAUGGAAAACACUCACGGAGGGGCCGCUAACAUGGUUCUUGUCGUCUUUUGUGCCCUCAACGUGUUUUUCUACGCAUCGUCCUGGGGACCUGUUGCUUGGGUCGUGACUUCAGAGAUCUUCCCACUUAAAGUGCGCGCAAAGGCCAUGUCGGUGUCAACAACAGCGAACUGGCUCUUGAACUUUGGAGUAGCAUACGCACCACCGUAUAUUCUCGGCAGAGGCGCAAACGCAUUCGGGCUCAAGAUCUUCUUCAUCUGGGGAUCAUGCUGUCUCCUUUCCAUUGCUUUUGUGUGGUUGAUGGUAUACGAAACUAGCAAGAUGACACUAGAGCAGAUUGAUGAAAUGUACGAAAGAGUAAGACAUGCAUGGGAGAGCCCAGGCUUUAACCCUACAUGGAGUUUUCAACAAAUGCAGAAUGCGGGAUGGGACGCGAAUGCGCAGCCAGAGCAACAAGCUGGCGAUGCACAUUCAGCAUCGAACGCCAACUCGACAGACGACGAGGGUCAUGAAACGGCGACAAUAAGGCCGGAUAAUUCGCAUGGAUCGACGGCUCCUAUGGCGAAUUUGGAUUUUAGUUAUUAAUUAAUCUGUGUUUACAUUCCUUGGAACCGAAUGCAGUCACGAUAUGAAACCGCCGUUGGCCAAGCUGUGCCAAUGCAACAAGAACUCGACCGAAUUCUUGGAUGCUUACAACAAUACAGCAUGAUAUGGAAC